UCAUCAACACUAAGAUUCUUUGCAACUCGCACAUUAGGUAUAUCUACGUGUUCAACUCGGAAUCAGAGCCUUGGAUGACGCACGUCGCAGCGAAGCUGCUGAACAUUUCACUGCCGCUCUCUACUCCAGCAAUUUAUCAUCGAAAUGGGACACCCAUGGAAUAUACGAGGAUUUGGUGGUAGUAAGUUAAGAUGAUGCAUAUACAAUGCUUUUCGUAACCGAGUCCCUUGUCCAGCUCUUUGGCUGGGACCUGAAGUCCUUUUUGCAAAAGGCACACCAGGAUGGCAAUUGGGUGGAACCAGUGUCGAAGGCACGUUCAACGUACCUGAAUACUGAUCUCCCUCCCGGAUGCCACAAAGAUGGCAAAUGGGCCAGGAAGUUUUUACCUACGAUCUUUCUCUGGCUCGGUGCCCAGGACGAACUUUGGACAAUCACUGAUGCGAAACUUCUUCAUGCAUGUCAGGAAAUUUUCAAGGUUGUCUAUCCAAACAUCCGGUACAAGGUUGUAACAUCUGGCUCAGUUUUUGAUGUUGUCACUCAGAGUCUCAAUGAAUGGCGCAGCAACUUCGGAUCGACUGCACUCGCUGUGGUGAUCAAUUUUUUAAAUUCAAACAGAGACACUCCGCCACAAUCACUCACAAAACUCUUCCUCCAUAAAUUUGCAUUUCUGUACCCUGAUCCUGAGAAUAUCAACAAGGCUGAAACCUUCCACUCUGCCUUUGUGCAAGAGCUUCUCGCGACUGCCCAUCUUUCCCGGAUUAUUGGGCACGCCGAUGUUCCUGCCCUCAAUACUGAUACUCUAGCAAAAAGUGGCAUAGCUGGCGCCCUUGGAUUGUGUGCCGCCUCGCUUGAAUAUGCUUUCACUCUUGUUGCCGAUAAUACUAUCACCAUCGAUAAUCCUAGGGUGCCCACUGCUAGUGCAAGGCGAAAGGCUCGUUUGAAGAUACCACAGUCCUUCAACAAUGUAACUGGAACGGAAGUAGCCACUGAGCACGCAUUCUCGGUUGCCAAGUGGGGCCUGAAAACUGCUUCAUUCAUUCAAGGGGCAAAUAAGAAGGGCAUAGAUUCAAUCCAGCUGACAAUGUCCAUGGCCUAUGAGUACUUGGAGAAAUCUAGCUUCGACAAUCACAGCAGCAUUGACUUGGUGGAUGAGAUAGAUCACCGUGCGGACAUCUGAUCGAAUCACCUUGCAACGAAUUUUGCGCCUCUUGAUAUCCAUUUUUGUGCAUUUCCGGCCCUUCGCAGCCAUUCUUGAAUAUCUUGAGAUCUCGUUCCAAUCAUUUUCUUCCGAGUUCAGAUGGUCAUUUUCCGCUUAAAUGCGUCUUGGUAGAUCUUGCAACGCUUUAAAAUUAUGAUUACGGUCAGCUCUUCGACGAUAUACUGUAUUCACAGUAGCAGCUCAGGAAAUACAAUACUAGCACAGUCUUGUCCUUCGUUCGUCUCUGCAAAGUGUCUCUUCGUGGUCUCAC